GGCAGACACGCCCAGUCCAGAGGUUUUUCCCCUUAAAAAAAACAUGGGAUUUCGAUCAAGUCAACAGGCAAGCAGCGUGUCCGAGGUGACAGAAGCCAGGACACGAGAGGGGGCAGGACCUAAGCAGGUAGACAAGAAAAAGAGGCAAAGCUUCAGUUCUUCAGGGUCUGUAACAGCCGGCUGCCGGCAAUCUGGGGUCAUAUAAAGCAAGGGGCAAGUUAUUUUUUUCCACAUAUAUGUUGAUCUAGAUAUACGUACAAGGACUGCUUUAUGCUGCGGCUCAGAAAGCUGAUCGGUGUCAGUGCAUGAGAACAUAUUUUGCAGCUGCCUCUUCCUGUUAUUAGCUUUUGCCUCUACCCUUUCUGCUGCAAAUCAUAGAGAUGACAGAAGAGAGAGAGCAUGGUGAGGGAGCGCUGGGUGGGCAAGAGUUGCCUCCUAAUGUCCCACGAGAAGACCCUGUUGGUGCCCCAGAUGAAGACCCUCCUGGUGAGGAAGGUAGAAAAGAUGUAGAAGAAGAUGAUGAAGCAGCAGUGGCUGCCGAAAGCUCACCCCUCAAUGUGAAAGAGAAGAAGGAGAAUGGGGAGUGGGGCUCAGGGCUGGUGGAUGGAGAGGAGAAGACCAGUGAUGGCGAUCCAGAGAACCCCUUGGACCCCUCUGCGGAGGGCAAGGCGUUUGAGCCCCCUGAAGGAGGAUGGGGAUGGAUUGUCAUGUUGGCUGCCAUGUGGUGUAAUGGGUCGGUUUUCGGAAUCCAGAACGCGUGCGGGGUGUUGUUUGUCUCCUUGAUCGAGGUGUUUGGAUCUGCAGAUGACCCUCAGCUGAUGUUUAAGACAGCAUGGGUGAGCUCUCUGUCCAUGGGAAUGAUCUUUUUCUGCUCUCCUGUGGUCAGCAUAUUUACAGAUGUAUUUGGAUGUCGACGGACAGCAGUGGUCGGAGCUGCGGUGGGAAUUAUUGGCCUUCUUUCCAGUUCUUUUGUAAGCUCCUUAGGACCUCUCUAUUUCACGUAUGGUAUUAUAUUUGCCUGUGGGUGCUCGUUUGCUUACCAGCCAUCCCUUGUCAUCCUGGGACACUAUUUCAAGAAACGCUUGGGAUUGGUUAAUGGUAUAGUCACCGCGGGCAGCAGUCUGUUCACCGUCUCAUUGCCGUUCGUCCUGAGAUACCUACUUGAUAGGGUUGGUCUGUUUAACACGCUGAGGGUCCUGUGCGUCCUUAUGUUCAUUCUUUUCUUGGCUGGAUUCACUUAUAAGCCACUUGUACCCGGACGUAGCAACCUACAGUUCCGACAGAAUGGCAAGUUUCGGUGUCCAUCAGCAACAAAACUUUUCAACUUCUCAAUUUUCAAAACUAAGAGUUACUGUAUCUGGGCUUUUGGAAUCCCAGCUGCGCUUUUUGGAUACUUUGUGCCUUAUGUUCACUUGAUGAACCAUGUAAAAGAAAGGAUGGGAGAUGACGUGAAUGAGGAGAUUCUCCUACUAUGCAUUGGGGUCACGUCUGGGGUUGGUAGGUUGAUCUUCGGAAGAUUAGCUGAUUACAUUCCAGGUGUCAAGAAGGUGUAUUUGCAGGUUGUCUCUUUUUUGUUCAUCGGCCUGAUGUCAAUGAUGAUUCCUGUGUGCCAUAACUUUACGGGUUUAAUUGUUGUCUGCCUGUUCAUGGGGUUGUUUGAUGGCUGUUUCAUAUGUAUCAUGGCUCCAAUUGCAUUCGAGCUUGUUGGACCAGAGAAUGUUUCUCAAGCCAUAGGAUUCUUGCUUGGGUUCAUGUCUGUGCCCAUGACUGUUGGGCCCCCCAUUGCAGGUAUGCUGCGUGACAAGCUUGGUUCCUAUGACGUGGCGUUUUACCUAGCAGGUAUUCCUCCAAUCAUUGGUGGAAUUUUAUUAUGUUUGAUUCCAUGGGUCCAUGAGAGGACUUUAGCAAAGAAAUUAAAAGCUGUUAAUGGAGACACUGAAGAAAAGAUGCUGGAUAAAAAUGCCACAAGCACAUGCCUACCUGGAACGGCUGAAGAUAUUAAAAAAGAAGAUGUUUCUGUCAUAUAAUCACCAUGCGAAAACACGAAGUGUACUCAUAUUUUCUUCCUUUUUUUUUUUUUUUUUUUUUAAAUAACAAUUACCAAAUGUUUUAACCGGUGCUAUAAACCCAAAGCUUUCUGACCCGACUGAGCCACAUGCUCGCUCCUGUACAUGCCUCCGCGAGCCCAUAUGGGCAAUGGUGUCUUAAUAUCAACUUACUGAAAAUAAAAGCACACAAGUGUCUGGAGCCAGGGCUGAUGGUCAGAGGCCAAUGCCAUAGCAAGGAGCUUAUUUCAUGCAUAUCUUCAGGAUAUUAUAUCAGGGUAUAUCAUAAUUCCCAUCAUGUUUUACAUGUGUUGCCAUUUCAACACAAUUUUCUGUCUGAUCUGAUCUACAGUGCACCUGGAUACAGCUGUGGAGAUUCGCAUGCAUUUCAUUGAUUUUCAGCUUCCAUUCUUUCUUGUUUGUAUACUUUUGAUUUGAUUUUACUUGUAAAGCAAGACUGAGGUCCUAUUUACAGUUUGGUUUGUGCAAUCAGCUGGUCAGAAGCUGUGACCAAUACAUUAUUGCUACUUUCUGCUUUCCGUAUUUCUGAACUCUUGUUCUCAAACCAGCCCUUAAGAACCACUUUGGGGUCCAGGAUUUAAAGACAACUUAAUUCUGCCCAAAAAACUGGGCUGCUUCUUAAGGGCUGGUUAAAGAACCAUUGCACUAGUAGGUUGCUAUUACAUGACGUGAAGAGAAUGUGUACUAUUGGGGGACAAAGAACCCUGGAACCUAUCAUUUUUAAACACUGUGGUGUCAAAUGUAGAACAUAUCAGAAAUAUUUGUUUGUUGAUAUCUAGACCUAAAUGAUAUGAAACAAUUAGGAUUGUGUCAUGUCUGUGGAUCAUACAUCAUAAUUGUUGACAAUGCCAUUAGGGCCACAAUCAUGUGUAUAACAUAUACAAAAGAAGGAGUUGUUUUAUUAUCUGGUGACAUAGCAAUAUACGUCUAUGACCUAUUCCUUGUGAUUAAGAAGGGGUUCCUCUCAGAAUGUUCCUGAAACUACAAAUGGGGAUUGUGACACAAUAAAAACACACAAUAAUACCCAA